UUGCUCCAAGUAGAGAAAUAUUAAUUAAGCACAAAAGAUAACUAGUCUGUUUUGAGUUAUAAUUAAACAUGAGCGAGUCUGACGAGCUAGUUUUACUGGAUCUCAGUGCUAGUCCAUUUGCAGCAAGGGUGAGGAUAGCCUUGGCAGAGAAAGGAUUGAAGUAUGAGUCGAGAGAAGAAGAUCUGAGCAACAAGAGCCCUUUACUUCUAGACAUGAAUCCAAUCAACAAGCAAAUUCCUGUCUUGAUCCAUAAUGGCAGACCUAUAUGUGAGUCAAUGAUUAUAGUCCAAUAUAUUGAUGAGUUCUGGAACCAUCAAUCUCCACUAUUGCCUUCUGAUCCUUACCAACGAGCCCAUGCCAGGUUUUGGGCUGACUACAUAGACAAGAAGAUUUACCCUACUGGACGUAUGCUCUGGGCAUCUAAAGGUGAACCUAAAGAAGCGUCAAAGCAGGAAUUGAUCGACUCCUUGAAGAUUUUGGAGAAAGAGCUCGGAGAGAAGGCAUAUUUUGGAGGUGACAGCUUUGGAUAUAUAGAUUUGGCACUUGUUCCUUUCUGCACCUUCUUUUACACGUUUGAGAUGCUAGGAAACUUCAGUGUGUCAGCGGUGUGCCCUAAGCUUGUGGAGUGGGGUAAGAGAUGCUUGCAGAAGGAGACUGUGUCCACGUCUUUAUGCGACCAUCUUAAAGUCUACGAAGUUAUUUUGGAGAUAAGAAAGAAACUGGGCGCUGAAUAAUUGCUUUCAAGCAAUCAACGGUUAAUUUUCAUGUAAUAUCGUGACUCAUAAUAAACACGUAUUCGAUUUAAUAAAUAAGUUGGUCUUGUUUCGUGCUUACGCUACUUUUGUUAAAGGCUCAUAAAUAAAUAUAGUUUUUGUUAUA